AUGACAAAAAUAUUCAAUGACUGGUUUGCAAAUAAAAUAAUACAUAAAGACAAAAUCUUAAAUUUUGAUUUUUUAAAUAGAAAGGGAUUUAUAAAAAGCAUACAAGACACAGAAUAUUAUUUUCUAACAGAGUCAAUAGAUACAGUUGAAUAUGAACUGUACAAGUAUUUUAACGAAAAGAUUUCUAAUGAGAUGAAUAUAGAAGAUUGUAAUAUUGAAAUAAAGAAAUUUAUAAAAAACUUACAUGUUUAUAAUGAACUGAAAGAUAUAGGACAAGCCUUAGUAAAUAAAAUAGCAGAGAGGAAAAAUACAACGUCAAAAGAAAUACUAAAAGAAAUGGAUUAUGAUUUUGAGAAUUGA